AUGGGUACCAUUGUUUUUGGUGAAACAACAUGUGGCCAAGCGGCAGAUCAGAUCUGUGGUGCUGGUGGGCUUUUCAUUGACCGUCAAGGUGCAAUAUACUAUUCAGAUUCAUCAAAUCAUCGUAUUCUGAAAAUCACACCGUUUGUAUCAACAGCAGUCAUUGUAGCAGGUACGAAUGGAAGUUCUGGAUCAAUGACGAAUCAACUUAAUAAUCCUGGCGGUAUUUAUGUGGAUACGAACGGUACUCUGUAUGUGGCAGAUAGAGGCAACUUGUAA